AUGCCAAAAAAAAGUAAAAAGGCAAGAAGUACCAAGGUGAAAGAAAAUAAAGAAAGAAUGAGAAAAAGACAGGAAAAAAACAACAAGCUUAGGGAUGAAAAUGAAAUAGAAAAUAUAUUAGAGAAAAGAAUUGAACAUUUAUAUGAGAAUGAAAUUGAAAAAAUAGAUCAGAGCGUCCGCUCUACAAACUAUCAAUACAAGAGAAAUAAAGAUGAUGAUAAUAUAUAUCAGAAUAAAAGUGAAAUACAAAAUCAGACAGAAAAACUAGACCAGAAUCAGGUUAAAAAACUGGAUAAAAAUAGGAUUGAAAAACUGGAUAAAAAUUGGAUUGAAAAACUGGAUAAGAAUUGGAUUGAAAAACUGGAUAAAAAGCAGAAUAAAAAUAUUGAUCAAAAUCAGACAGAAAAACUAGAUCAAAAUCAGAUUGAAAAACAGGAUGAAAAUAGGAUUGUUAAAAAGAAGUAUGAAAAUUUGAUCGAACAACUAGAUCUAAAACACAAUUGUCAAUAUAUAGAAACUGAAAGUGAAAUAGUACUUAUGAAUAAAGUUCAAUUGGAACAAUAUCAAAGUAAAAUAAAGAACAAAACCUCAUUCAGAGCACAAUGUAACAACAAAAUAAACACAGCUAAGGUUAAGGAUUGUGUAAAAGUUAGAUCAGGUAUUAGAAAUACAACUGUACAAGGUAGUUUUCACCAAGGAGAUAUAAGGUUUGGUUUAAACAGUGGUAAGCAAUGUGUGGCAAAUUGUUGUUCAGCUCUUGCUUUUAGUAAAUUGAAAGAUUUAACCUAUUGGGAUCAGAAAUAUUUAGAUAAAGUUCUGAUUUAUGGAGAUGAUUUAUAUAGCCGUGUCAGUGGUAAUAAUCAUCACUUAUUAAUAUCCGACCUACCACCAAUAUUAGAUAUAUCAGGCACAUUGAUGCAAUUGUCACUAAAAGAGUCAAUAUCUGCUGUAAUAGAUACAUCAGAAACCAUUGAUUUUAGUGAAUUUGGAAAUUCUUUGCCAUUAGACCAAGCUUUACAGGAAUCCCUUGUAGAUUAUGAUGCUUGCUUUAUAUGUGCAUAUGAUACUUCAUUUUUAGCCUUGAAACAUGGCCAAGAUUUAUUUUUGUUUGAUUCACAUGCAAGAAACGAGUUUGGUUUAAAGCACUGUAAUGGCAAAAGUUUACUAUUAAAAUUGAGCAGUCUAGAUCAUCUUUAUCAAUACUGUUGCAACAUGGUAUCAGGACCCAGUCAAAAUCAGUGGUUUGAGGUUACAGGAGUAAGCAUCUCUAUAGUUGGAGAACCUGUUAUGUACAACAAUGACCAACAAGUUCCUGAAAACAAUGAAAAAAUGAACAACACGAACUAUAGCAAUAUUGGAAACCAUGAAACAAUGAACACCAGUGACUAUGAGCUGCCUGAAAUUGUUGAAGUAGAAAACGAGAAAGGUCCAGACCUGACAAAAGUUCACGAAAACAUAAACUUAACAUUUGACAUCUAUAGCUCUGAAAGUAAUGCCAAUGAUAAUACCAACAAGAAUGAAUCUGAUGUUGAAAUUGUGUCUGCAACUGACUUGUCUUAUGAUUUUAAACCAAUCAACACUAUUGCAAAGAAAAGGCUUUGUCUCAUUGUUAAGAUACCAACCAAUCAUAUUCACAAGCAAAUCACCAAUACUAUUUUUGAUAUGGGCCCCCCAUCUACUACAAAAUCUAUCACAGGUGAUGGAAACUGUUUGUUUCGAGCUAUUUCAUAUGCACUUUCAAAUAGACAAGAGUUUUAUGGAAAUAUAAGAAUAGCUGUAGUUGAUCAUUUGAUAAGAAAUGCAGAAAUGUUUAAAUCUUUUUUACAGCCAAGAUUUAAAACUGUUGAAGAGCACAUACAGACUCUCCAGAUGAAAGAAAAUAAUGUAUGGGGAACUGAAUUGGAGAUUUUAGCAUGUGCAGACCUGCUUAAAACUGACAUUUACACUUAUUACAAUGAUUCGUGGAUUAAAUAUUCUUCAUCCCAAUUAUGUAACAAAAACAAAAUUAAUGUUCAGGCAAUCUAUCUUCAACAUCUAACUAGCAUCAAUCACUACGAAGUUGUCACAGCUGUAAAUCAAAAGUCAAGGUAUCAAAACAUAAUGCAAACUAGACCAGUUGGAGGCAAAAAGUCUGAUUUUGAUAGGAAAUGUGAGGUGCCAACAUUGAAAAUUAAGGAUUGGGAUUUCUAUUCGGAUGAUGAAUUGAAAGUCUUUUCAAAAGCUGAAAAAGAAAGGUUAAGGUACAGAAAAGAUGAGGAAUUUAAAGCAAGAAAGAAAAGAAAAUAUUGGGAAAAUGAGACAUACAGAGAUAAUUUAAUACAGGCAGGCAUUAAGAAAUAUCGAGAGGACAAAGAUUACAGAGAUAUUUUAAAAGAAUCUGGAAUUCAGAAAUAUCAAGAAAAUGACAAGUACAGAGACAAAUUGAAAAGAGCUAGUAUAUAUAAGUAUGAAGAAGAUGAACAACACAAGAAACAUGUCAAACUAGCAAGUGUACAAAAGUAUAAGGAAGAUGAAAAGCACAAAAAACUUGUAAAACAAGCAAGUGCACAAAAAUAUAAGGAAGAUGAAAAGCACAAGAAACUUGUGAAACAAGCAAGUGUACAAAAGUAUAAGGAAGAUGAAAAGCACAAAAAACAUGUGAAACUAGCAAGCGUACAAAAGUAUAAGGAAGAUGAAAAGCACAAAGAACAUGUGAAACUAGCAAGCGUACAAAAGUAUAAGGAAGAUGAAAAGCACAAAGAACAUGUGAAACUAGCACGUGUACAAAAAUAUAAGGAAGAUGAAAAGCACAAAGAACAUGUGAAACUAGCAAGUGUACAAAAGUAUAAGGAAGAUGAAAUGCACAAGGAACAUGUAAAAGAAGCAAGUAUAAAAAAGUAUAAGGAAGAUGGAAAGCACAAAGAACAUGUGAAACUAGCAAGUAUACAGAAGUAUGCAGAUGAUGAUUCACAUAGAUGUAAGGUUAAACAACAAACAGAAACACGUCGUGAAAAUUUAAAACAGGAAAACAAACAAAUAACUGAAGUUAUCAGAAAAUUUAAAGACGCUGUUGAGAAAGGUCCAGAAUGUGUUUGUUCUUGCUGCUUGAGGCUGUUCUUUGAAAAACAGGUUCUGAUCUGUAAAAAGGGGUCCUAUGAUAAUUCUAUAUAUGAUUCAUGCACAACGGAGAAAUAUAAACACACAUGUACAGAUAACUGCAAUACACAUUGUGCUUUUGAAGGAACAUGCAGAACAAGUUUAUGGAUUUGUUAUACUUGUCAUCGUAAAAUGAUGAAAGGUAAAAUACCUGCAGAUUCGUUUUCAAAUGGUUUAAUGCUUGAAGAUGUUCCAUUAGAAUUAAAACAGCUAAAUUCGAUAGAGCAACAACUUAUAGCCCUGAACAUUCCAUUCAUGAAGAUAAUGGCUUUACCAAAAGGAGGACAAAAAGGUGUUCAUGGACCUGUAGUAUGUGUGCCAUCUGAUUUGAAAAAAGUUACUGCUAUACUACCACGAUCAGAAGAUGAAAGUCUUUUACUUAAGGUUAAACUGAAGAGAAAGCUCAACUACAAAGGCUAUGACAAAUACCAAUAUGUUAGACCAAACCAUUUGGAGCAAGCACUUGUGUAUUUAAAGGAUAAAAACGUGUGGUAUAAAGAUGUCGCUAUCAAUGACAAAUGGAUAAACCCUAUUCCUGAGGUAAAUGAUGAUCAAGUAGAGAAUGAUGAAUCUGAUUCUAAUUCUGAUGAUACUGAGAUGAUGGGGAAUAAAAAAAUACAGAAAGAUGAAUUUGAAAACAUGUCAAAGUCUUCGAAAGAAGGCAAUGAAAGGGAAGUAGAAAGUGAACAACAUAGCUACAUUGAUGAUAGGUUACGUGGUGUUCAGUUAGAUACUUGUUUACAACCUGCUGACAUAGGACAAGAGGCUUUAGAUUUAUGCUUUGAUCAAGUAUUUAAUUUAGCCCCAGCAGAAAAUAACAAUCCUCUUAGUGUUCUAAAAGAACCAGGUAUUGAAGCUAAAACCUUUCCUGUGCACUUUCCAUCAGGUAAAAAUACUUCGGAUGAAGACCGUGAUGAAAAACUGACUAUUGGAAGAUACUUUAAUCUUCGAUUAAUGAGUGUUGAAAAUAGAUUUGCUAGAGAUACCAACUACAUAUUUUUUAGUCAAUAUUUAACAGAGCUCAAUAGCGUGAUUUCAAACGUUCAGAUAUCUCUUAGAAAACAAUGUCCUUUUUCGAAAGAAGGAAAAAAAGUUACAAGAGAAAUGCUUUGCAACAAGGAAACCUUAAAAGAAUUAUUUAAGAAAGAUGAAGCUAUAAAAUAUUUAAAACCUAUUCGUGGAACUCCUCCCUAUUGGCAAAGCUCACAAAAAGAUAUAUUUGCAAUGAUAAGACAGUUAGGAGUCCCCACAUUCUUCUGUUCUUUUUCUUCUGCAGACUUCAGAUGGUCAGAAAUUGUAAACACAAUUUUAAAACAGCAAGGUGACAUGAGAAAUAGUGAAAAUAUGACAUGGGAUGAAAAAUGUAAAGUUCUUUGUAGCAAUCCUGUCACAGCAGUAAGAAUGUUUGAUCAUAGAUUUCAUAUGUUUCUGAAGAAUGUUAUCAUGUCAGAAGCUGAACCAAUAGGGAAAAUAAUCGACUAUUUUUACCGAGUUGAAUUUCAACAAAGAGGUUCUCCCCACACACAUUGUUUAUUUUGGGUAGAAAAUGCUCCAAAAUUUGGCGAAGAUGAUAUUGAUGACAUUACUACCUUUAUUGACAAGUACAUAACAUGUGAGAUACCAGAUGAAAAGGAAGACAAAGAAUUGCAUGACAUUGUUAUGGCAGUACACCAACACAGCAAAAAACAUUCAAAAUCAUGUAAGAAAAAGGGAACAGUAUGUCGUUUUAAUUUCCCAAGACCUCCCUCAUCUAGAACAUUUAUCUCAGAACCAAGUGAUCCAGAUAAAGAUUCAGAGGACGAUGAAGAAUUAGCAAAGGAAAUAUUGUCUGACUUAUGGGAAGUUAUAAAAAAGCAUGAAGAUGAAAACUUAGAUGUUUCUGAAAUUUUCAACAAGAUAGGACUAACUCAAGAAAGCUUUGAAACAUAUUAUCGUUUUAUCACAAAUCGCAAUACAGUAGUUCUUAAACGUCAGUCGAAUGAAAUAUACACCAAUCAGUAUAACCCACAUCUUUUGAGGGCUUGGGAUGCAAACAUGGACAUACAAUAUAUUUUGGAUGCAUUUUCCUGUGUUGUAUAUAUUAUAAGUUACAUAAGUAAAGCUGAGCGAGAGCUAGGAUUACUCCUCCAACAGACUAAAAAUGAAGCAGAAGAAGGAAAUUUAAAUGCUCAACAGACUAUGAAAAAAGUUGGAACUUCAUACUUACACCAUAGAGAGAUAAGUGCACAAGAAGCAGUGUUUAGAGUAACUGGAUUGAGAUUAAGAGAGUGUUCAAGGAAAGUAGAAUUUAUACCUGUUGGUGAAAAUCCAUGUAGAAUGAGCAUUCCUUUGAAAGACCUAGAGAAACAACAAAAUUGUAAGUCUUCAAAAAGAAAAAGGCAUAAUAGUGACAGUGAAGAUGAAGAUGAAGAUGAAAAUAGUACUUGGAUGAACAAUAUUGUUGAUAGAUAUAAAGGUAGACCACACAUUGAUAUCUUUAUUAAAUUGUGUCUUGCAAGAUUCACUUCUGAAUACAGUGUUAUACUAGAAUCACAAUUACCACAGAAAAUCAAUAAAGACACAACCUUCAAACUUGAUGGCUCACUUGGGUAUAUUAGAAAACGCACAAGAACUUCACCUGCAGUUAUAAAAUAUCCACGUUUCUCUCAGGAAAAUUCCCCAGAAAAAUAUUAUCAAAGCAUUUUGCAACUGUAUUUGCCAUACAGAUAUGAUGAACAGUUAAAACCAAUGCAAUUUCAAACAUUUGAGAAUUUCUUCACAUGUGGAAGAGUUAAGUUUCAAGGUGAUAACACAUUAAGUUCUGUGAAAGAAAUUGUUAUCCAAAAUAUGUCAGACUUUGUGAAAAAUGGUCAUGAUUUAGAGGAAGCAGAGAAGCAAUUUCAUGAAAAAGAUCCUAAAGAAGAUGCUUGGUGUGAGUUAUGCCCAGAAGCAGAAGUGAAUAGAAGAGAAUGUAUAGAUGAAGGCAAAGUAUCUUCUGUGAUUGAGGAGGAUUUAUCAAUACCAGAUUUGAAUAAUGAAACGAGGUCAUCAUCUGUUGGAACUAAUUUGCUGUCUGUUUCUCUUACAAAAAAUGAAAUUAUUCCAAGGCUGAGAAGUUUGAACUUGAAACAAAGAAGAAUUCUCUAUAAAGUAAGGGAUUGGUGCAUUCAGAAAUCAAAUGGAAAAACACCAGAACCUUUACAUUUAUUUAUCACUGGAGGAGCUGGAACAGGUAAAAGUCACUUGAUCAAGUGUAUUCAAUAUGAAGCAACUCGAAUAUUAGCACAAACAACAAAUAAUCCAGAUGAUCUCACAGUUCUGUUAACAGCUCCAACUGGAACUGCUGCAUUUAAUAUCCAUGGGUUGACAAUUCAUAGUGCUCUUGGAAUUUUCAAAUCACUCUCACCUGAUCAUGCAACUCUAAGUGAAGACAAAAUUAAUUCCCUCAGAACAAAGUUAGAAAAUGUGCAAAUCUUGAUAAUUGAUGAAAUUUCAAUGGUCAAUAAAAAGUUGUUGUUUUUCAUUCAUGAGCGACUUAGACAAGUUAAAAAAAGACCAGACAAUUGUUUAUUUGGAGGUGUUUCAAUAAUUGCUGUUGGCGAUUUUUAUCAGUUACCACCUGUUCGAACAAAAAGGGUAGACAAAUUGUAUGUAGAUGAUCCUUCUAAUCCCUCAAAUCAGCUAUGGAACGGCUUGUUUGAAAUUGCAGAGUUGGAUGAAAUAAUGCGUCAACGUGAAGAUGGAAUGUUUGCUGAACUACUAAAUAGAUUGCGUGUUAAGCAGAAAAAUGAAAGUUUGUCAUCAUCUGAUAAAGAAGCAUUAAAACACUGCUUUGGUGAUAGCCCUGAUGAGGCCUUGCACAUAUAUUCUACAAAUGCAGAGGUUGAUAACUUUAACAAGGAGAUGAUAAUGAAGUUAUGUACAGGAUCAAAACUAAUUGAAGCACAAGAUUUUCAAAAAGACAAAACUUCAGGUAAAUUAACUCUGAAAAAAAUUCAUUGUUCUAAGUCUGAUGCUAGUCUUCCAAUAUCUAUUCUUCUAGCUGAGGGAGCAAGAGUUAUGCUUAUCAAGAAUGAGGACACAGCAGAUGGUUUAGUAAAUGGUGUAAUGGGAACUGUUAUAGCUAUCAAAGACUUCUCACCAAAUUCCCUCCCAAGUACAAUAUAUGUUCACUUUGACAAUGAAAGAGUAGGAAGAAAUGCAAAGGUACAAAAAAUUAUUAAUGGAAAACGCUGUGUUGGAUUGAAACCUUCAAGUGAAGACAUUCCUUUACGCAAUUGUUUACGAAAACAGUUUCCUUUGAAGUUAGCAUGGGCUUGCACAAUUCACAAAGUUCAAGGAUUAACAGUUGAAGAAUGUGUUGUUGAUCUGAAUAAAUGUUUCACAUAUGGUCAAGCAUAUGUAGCCCUUAGCAGAGUUACCUCAAAGUCUGGUCUUCACAUUGAAAGCAUAGAAGCUGAAAAAAUUGACAAGAAGAUCUUCUGUGAUCCAGAUAUUGUAAAGGGUGUUUCAGAAAUGACUGAUUUUUUGCCUGAAAUAAAGGAUAAAGCUGAGGAACAUACAAAAUCUUUUCAGAUAAUGUAUCACAAUAUUCAAGGUUUACAGACUCACACAGAAGAUAUGAAACAAAAUCCAGACUUCAGAAGUGCUGAUUAUAUUUGUCUAACUGAAACCUGGGCAAAUCAAGAAUUCAGUAGCUUUGAAAUGAUGGGAUAUGAUGGUUUUCAUUUGCCUAGAUCUCUGGCCUUCGAAGAUGACAAUUCAUAUUAUUCCUUUCUAAAGGAAAUGCAGCAUGGUGGUGUAGGUGUUUUUUACAAGCUUUCUACAGAAACUGAAAUAUGCAGCUUGACCUCCAACUUGGAAUGUAUAGUUUUCAAGAUAACAAGUAAAAAUAUGUUUGUUGCUACUGUAUACAGAACUCAGAGGUAUAAUCUAGGAAAAUUUUUGGAGAACAUGGAGAUGUUAAUCUGUAAAUUGGAAGAUUUAUCAGAAAAUAUUGUUAUAAUUGGUGAUUUUAAUCAAGAUAUUUUGAAAGGUGGCUGUACAGUAUUUAAUUUCAUGUCAUCAAAAGGCUUCAGACAGCUUGUAAGUAGUCCAACAACAGAAGGUGGAACUCUUAUUGAUCAUGUGUAUGUGAAAGGGUGUCUUGAUACACAGGUAGCCAUUAUUCCUACAUAUUACAGUUAUCAUGAUGCACUGAAAAUAGUAAUUCCAAAUGACUGA